AGAACGUUUCGGUAGCCCAGUCAAUCGAGGCACAUUCGCCGACUACUGUUCUUCUUUCUUUGAUAUUUCUCUUCCCUCCGAACUCCUCUUUGAACGCAAAUUCCAGGGUUUCGGCGCGCCGCAUUGCGGGAUUCUAGGGUUCAGGGCGAUCUACGAGAUGUUUCUCACGAGGACGGAGUAUGACAGAGGCGUCAACACUUUCUCACCGGAGGGAAGGCUGUUUCAGGUCGAAUACGCAAUCGAGGCGAUCAAGUUGGGGUCGACUGCGAUCGGUUUGAAGACGAAGGAGGGUGUCGUGCUCGCUGUUGAGAAGCGUGUCACGUCUCCUCUGCUGGAGCCAAGCAGUGUAGAAAAGAUCAUGGAGAUUGAUGAACACAUAGGUUGUGCUAUGAGUGGAUUAAUUGCUGAUGCACGCACUCUUGUUGAACAUGCACGAGUUGAAACCCAGAAUCACAGUUUCUCAUAUGGUGAGCCAAUGUCAGUCGAGUCUACCACACAAGCUCUCUGCGAUCUGGCCCUUAGAUUUGGUGAAGGCGAUGAAGAAUCUAUGUCACGUCCUUUUGGGGUGUCUCUCCUAAUUGCAGGACAUGAUGAGAAUGGGCCUAGCUUAUACUACACAGACCCAUCUGGCACAUUUUGGCAGUGCGAUGCAAAAGCAAUAGGAUCUGGUUCAGAAGGAGCUGACAGCUCCUUGCAAGAGCAGUAUAACAGGGAUAUAUCCCUUCAGGAAGCUGAAACGAUAGCACUCUCAAUCCUGAAACAAGUGGUGGAAGAAAAGGUAACACCAAACAAUGUUGACAUUGCAAAGGUGGCUCCGACUUAUCACCUCUAUUCUCCUUCUGAGGUCGAAGCUGUCAUCAAUCGCCUGUAAAAGAAUUGGUCGAGUGCUGUCAUUAUUCAACUCCAUUGCCUUCGACACUGCAGCCAGGGCUAGAGACCCUUUUUGAUGGAAUGCAAAUUGUCAUAAGUUGCAUGACUGAAUUGGCUUUUAUUUAUCACACUGGAUGUGAGUUGUGCUUCUUUGAUGACAUAAAGUUUAAAUGUGGGACUUGCUCUUUUUCGUAAUGAUUACUUUUUCUUUGGUUGCAUCAAA